CUUUAUCGAUCCGAAUUAUCACGAGGGCAAUACAGUCGAGCAGCUAUCGAUCAUAAUUUAAUUAUCCUUAGAACCGCUUCUUAGCUUUAUUCAAUAAUCCGAAUUCAAGAUGCAUCUUAUGUACGUUCUCGACAAGGAUGGCAAGAGGGUGUACACCCUCAAGAAGGUCCUGAACGGCGAAGUCACCAAGUCUGCCCAUCCUGCCCGGUUUUCGCCAGAUGACAAGUACUCCAGACACCGUGUCACCCUCAAGCGGAGAUAUGGCCUCCUGCUGACCCAGCAGCCUGGUACGAUACUUUCUUUAAAUUGCCAUCGUCUUCGAGAAACUAACAAAUUCAAUAGAGAAGACGAACGCGGCGCUGUGAUAAGGAACGAAUAGUAGCAAUCUGAGCUGGUAUACAAAGGGUGUUUUCGAGUCAUUUAUGGGCGAAUGGUGUUAUUGUGCGAUCUUUGAGGACAGAAAAUGUCGUUUACUUGUUGCUCUUUUGGAUAGACACUGCUCAUACGAAGAGAUGUCACCAUCGGACAAUAUGUGCCGCCAAAGAGUAUGCACAUUUUGCUUGAUGAAACUAGUCUAUAUGUUCAUUCCGUCGUAGAUGUCCUAGAAGCUUUAUA